CUCAGGUGGUCGCUUGCUCGUUAUAUAUAUUUUAAACUAUACUAUUACGGUUAGGGAAAUUUCCCUUAAUACCACAAAUAAUGUGUUAAAUUAAUUCAGAUGCAAUCAGUUCCAUUAUCUUCAAAGUUAACGGAAGAGCAACGGACCAUGAGAAUUUCGAACAAUAACAAAUUAUUUGUCGAGUGCAUUGACCAACACCAAACAGUUAUUAGAUUUAUUGAAAUUGUGGAAAAUACAUAUCACGCUAAUAUAUUUUUCCAAUUAAGUGGUACGGUAGCUAUCAUCUGCAUAAUUGGAUUACGUAUUACUAUGUCGGAGCCUAGCAGUAUUCAGUUCUACUCGAUGUUGAUUUAUAUGGUGACCAUGCUGUCGCAGCUGCUCCUGUACUGUUGGUGUGGCAGCGAGCUAACUACAAGGAGUCAAGAAUUAAGAGACUCCUUAUAUCAAAGUCCCUGGUACGAACAGGACAAAAAAUUUAAAAAGUCCUUGUUGAUAACAAUGGAAUGUAUGAAGAAACCUAUUGUAUUUAAGGCUGGUCAUUAUAUACCGCUAUCUAGGCCCACAUUUGUAUCGAUUCUACGAUCAUCUUACUCGUUUUUCGCUGUUUUAAAUCAGACGCACAAUUAAAGAAUAAAUUGAAUAUGUGUUUUCACUAAAUAAAGAAGUAUCCGGGAUCUUCAUGGAACGCAACAGAAACCUAUAGAAGUAAACUAGAUAAAUAAUGAAGCUUGGCUUA